CAAGGAAUCUUGCCUGCAUACGCUAUGCAACAAGAUACCUCUUCAUGCGCGUUCUGCGCCCAGCGCAGUCACGAGCCAGCAAAGUUUGUGUAUGCGGAUAGAAGAUUGAAGUUUGGCUGCUCGAUCGGUAAAGAGAUGAAACAAUUCUGCUAGAGGGCAACAUCGCAUGAAAGAAGUUGAAAAGCAAAGAAGAAUUCCUUUCGAACCAUCUUCAAGGUCAUGCCUCAGAGAAGUGCCAGCAUACUGACAAAAGAGCUGUGUAUCACAGAGCUUUGUGGGUGAUCUCUGGGAGCUGCAAAAGUGGGUCUCUCCUGGCUGUACCCCAAGGAUUUACAUCAUUUAAAGGAUUGUUGAAAGCUUACUUUAUUGGUCGACUCAACAAAAGCUGUCAUGUACCAAGUGGUACCAGGAGGUGCAGGGGGCACUAUUACCAAUGUUACCCCCAUUAAGCAGAAACUGAGCCGGGAAACUCGUCCACUAGUGGGAGCUGGGGUGCUGGGUGUGGUGCUGGUGAUUGCAGCUGUGACCUCAUGGUGUUACUACAUUGCCUCGCUGCGCAAGGCUGAGCUGUUGAAGACUGAGUUGCUGGAUCUUAACAAGGAUGGCUACAUCAUCCGCAACCAGGCAGGAUCUAUCGUCUUCAAAAUGGCCUUCAAGUCUGGGACACUGGAUCUGGACUCAUGUACCAAAGAAGGGGAGAUUCUAAGAUGUGGGCGCACGAUUGAUGGUAAACUAAUUUUCUUCAUCCAAACGGUACGUCCUAAAGACACAGUCCAAUGCUACCGUGUGCGUUGGGAAGAACUGGUUCCUGAUCGACCUGUGGAGCAUGCAAUGACUUACAACGAUUCCCAUUGGUAUGGUGGUGCCGAAACAGCCAAACAGCAUUGGCCUAUCUCUAUUGAAGGGCAACAGGCUCCAAAGCCUUUCGUCACCAGCGACAUCUACUCCAAUCGAAAUGACUUUGGUGGGAUCUUGGAGCGCUACUGGCUGUCUUCCAACGCCACAGCCAUCAAGAUCAACGACUCUGUGCCCUUUCACCUCGGCUGGAAUGAAACGGAGAAGACCAUGUACUUCCAGGCCCGGUACCAUGACAGCCCAUACAAGCCAAUCCCAGGGCCGGGGGAGACGCAGUUUGCCGAACUCAGCUAUAGAGUAUGUGUAGGAUCAGAUGUUACUUCCAUCCACAAGUACAUGGUGCGCAGGUACUUCACCAAGCCUAACAAGGUACCCUCCAAAGCCAUGUUUCGCCAUCCAAUCUGGUCUACAUGGGCACUCCAUAAGAAAGACAUUGACCAAGAGAAACUGUUGAUCUACGCUGCCAACAUCAACAAGCAUGGCUUUAAUUGUAGCCACCUGGAGUUGGAUGACAGAUACACCAACCGCUACGGUGAAUAUGAGUUUGACACGACCAAGUUCCCGAACGCCUCAGCAAUGUUUCAGAAGCUGAAAGCGGAUGGUUUUCUAGUCUCCCUAUGGACGCACCCCUUCGUCAACUAUGAAUCCGAGAACUUCCACACCUGUGUGGAAAAAGGACUUUUUGUCCGAGAGCCUACCGGCCUAUUGCCAGCUUUGGUUCGAUGGUGGAAUGGUAUUGGUGGCAUCCUGGAUUUCACCAAUCCGGACGCCCGUGAUUGGUUUGCAUCCCACUUGCGGUCCCUCCGCUCCAAAUAUGGGGUGUCAUCCUUUAAACUGGAUGCUGGCGAGACAAACUACUUGCCGUGGAAGUUCAGUACGAGGAUUCCCCUUCGUGACCCAAGCACCUUCACGCGACGAUACACAGAAAUGGCAAUUCCCUACAACGAGCGUGCUGAACUCCGCAUCGGCUAUCAAUCCCAGAACAUCUCUUGCUUCUUCAGGCCCAUCGACAGGGACUCCGUUUGGGGCUAUGAGCUAGGUCUCAAAUCCCUUAUUCCUACAGUCCUCACCAUUAGCAUUCUUGGUUACCAGUUCAUCCUACCGGACAUGAUUGGCGGGAAUGCUUACCUAAACCGCACAGAGGGAGGGCAACGUUUACCAGACCGUGAACUCUACAUUCGCUGGCUGGAGCUGGCCGCAUUCAUGCCCUCCAUGCAGUUCUCGAUCCCUCCCUGGGAGUAUGAUAGGGAGGUGGUGGAGAUUGCCCGGAAGUACACGGCUCUCCAUGAGAGCCUCGUGGCCCCGCGUGUUUUGGAAUUGGCUGGAGAGGUGCUGGACACGGGGGACCCCAUCAUACGCCCCCUGUGGUGGAUCGCCACUGGGGAUGAGAACGCUUACAAGAUAGAUUCUCAGUUCCUGAUAGGGGAUGACCUCAUGGUAGCUCCAGUCCUUGAGCCUGGGAAGCAGGAGCGGGACAUCUACCUCCCUGCUGGGCGUUGGCGUAGCUACAAGGGAGAGCGCUUUGAUAUUAAAGAGCCUCUGCACCUUACAGACUAUCCCGUGGAUCUUGACGAAAUUGCUUACUUUGUCUGGGUUUAAUGAGGUGUACGUCGUAGAGGAAACGGUUGUCGGUCUCCUCUAAAACGUAUUAGACAACCAGCUUAUUGGAGAGGGUUAACGCACACCUCGGCAAGAACUGUGGUAAUAGCAAAGUCUCUCUCUGAGGAAUGAAGGUCAGAGGAAGGAUUUUAUAGAGAAUAGAGAAAACAAAAAUAACAGGGCCAACACGUGUUACCAUAUCAGGAUUCCUGACUCCAGUACUCGUUUCCACCCAGUGCCUAGAAGGCUGCUGCUCAGCCUACAGAAUGUGUUUUAGGCCUGACUACUGCUAGCAACUGUUCUAAACAGGACUGUCCUUAAUACAUUAUUUAUUACAGUAGUAAAAAUAUCACAGAUAAUAAGGCAACAGGUGAUCUUUUAAUUGUGAUUAACAUAAGCACAGGAAAUCCUUGAUUUAUCCCACAACACAACAACAAUAUGGGUGACUCAAAAUCAAUAUUAACAAUAAAAAGCAUGUUAGAUUUGCUGAAGGACAAAAUCAUUUGAUUGUGAGGUGAUAAUGUUUUCCAUGCAUGUGCCAUAAAUGUCAGCCUUGUUAUAUGGUGUUGUAGUAGGCAAUAAGCUAAAUGGGAAACACAUUUUAUUUGAACACCAUACCUAAUAAUAUAUCCCCUCAUCACAAGUAGUAAUUGUCCUCCAAUAUGUCCAAUUCAGAAGACGUAUUGGUGGUACCAGCAUUUGUUAGAAAGACAGAUACUCAAAUUAUCAUAUUCGGUUAAUAAAGCUUUUAUAAUAACAGAAGUGUACAAUAUAACGUGAUACAGGUUUUAACAUUAUUGAUUGUUGCCUAUAUGGAAAGCUAAAAGGGAUGAUGAAUACUGUGAAUUUUGAACAUUUUGAUUGUUUUGUCUUUUUGCUUUGCUAAUUUGCAUUUGCCUUGAGUCUAUUAGCUUUAGCAUUCAUGCUCAGCGAUGGCUUUCGCAACCUAUUUUAUAUUAUAUUUUAAUGUACGCCUCAAUGUGUACCUCCACAGGCUUAGCUUUUGUAACCUGAGUUUGGGAUUCACUAAGGCAUGGUACUUGAUGGUCUCGUCUGAAGUAAUUCUUCUUGACAUGGCUUAUUCAUAGCAGAUAUGGGCUGAAGAGUAGAUAUGUGAUUCCAUCCUGAUGGAGGAGUUUGCUGACCUCGUGAUCUUUUGAUACAUUCAAAACAAAAACAACAGUAUGCUGACAAAGGCUUAAGCUUUUGUUUUUCCACAUGAAUGGACUUUUCCUACUGGUGAGAAGCCACACAAUGUUAUUUGAUAAACACAGCCAUAAACUGUAAUGAGUGCAAAAACAUAACCAGUAUGCAGGGGAAUGUGUUUAUUCUACUGAUGAAGCCAAUACGAGGAAAAUAUAUUACUUUAUGUUUUGGAAGAUCAAAAAAGACUAACUAUAGACUUGAACAUUUUACUUAGGGAUCUAGAAUGUUGAUUUACUUGGAAAAGGGUGCCGCCAUACCACCAUAUACUGUAAAUGCAAGCUAAAGGUUGUUGUGAAAUGUAAUAACCUUGUAUGCAUUCAGUUGGAUGAGGAGAUCAUGCUUCUUCAUGAGAUUGUGUUGAUAGUGACACCUCUUUGAAUGAAAGGAGUUGGAAGACAAUGCUUGUAUUAUUUUGUCAAAAGCCUAAAACACAAAUAUCAGGGAAAGUAUGUAUGUAUGUAUCUUUGGCCAAAUGUUUUACAAUAGUUGUUAUACAAUAGCUCAGCUUAAAUUGGUGUUGAGUGUUAAUGUCUUCAUUGUAUAACCCAACAAAGCUCAUGUUGAUAUGCUAAAAGUGUGUAUAGAUAUUUUAGUUUUUUGUCAGAAUAGCGGUUUUCAUGUAUGUCUCAUUGAGCAAUGGAGGAAGUGUUGUCUCGAAAAAUGAAACAGUAACUAUGGUUACUGGUUUAUUGGUGAAGCUACUUAAAAAUGUGAUCGAAUUGAAUUGAAUAAGACCCUACUGCAAUGUUCCUAUAUUUGUCCUUUCAGCAUUAUUUUCAUUAGUAAAAAUAUGCUCCUUGUUUGCCAUGUAAAUUUGGACACCACUAGAUUUGUAAAGCAUCGGCAGAAUGUUUUUAAUAGCCUUUACUAAAUCUUUGGUAAGAAAUUGACUUUUGGGCCACUUUACUUGGCAUGUCUUGUAUCUAUGGAUACAAAACUAUUGACUCUUCUGAUAUGAAGCAACUAUUCAAGGUGUAAGGGUUAGUGGGGAUAUAAUGUAGUGGUAAAUGGUUGAUUGUCUGAUGAACAUCAUGCAUCCACUGUUAUUCGCUGUCCAAGCCUUCUGUACCCUCAAAGUAAAGCGUUAACCAUUGCAAAGAAAUAACAAUAAAUCUGCAUGCUAUUUCCAACCA